AUGGCCAACCUAGUCAAGUUCUACAUCGUGGGCACAAUCCCUACUCGACGGCUCCCUCAAUUGAUGGCUUUGGCAUAUCAGACUGCAAAUGACCUUCAUCUUCACCCAAAAGCUGUUCUCAUCCGGUCGGAUAUUCACGAUACGACCUCUAUACUUGGUACAUACCAGAAAGAUCCAAAGGGUCUCCAUCUUACGAUCUGCUUCAAAGAUGCUGAGCAACUCGCCAACAACACGCAUAUCGCUAGUCAUGGAUAUGUCACAGACAGAUUGAAAAACUUUAUUCACGAAGCAACACACACGCCCGAAAAACAGGAUGGAACUAAGAAAAAGAAUGGGGUUGAUGUUUGGCCUGGCGGUUUAAAAUGUGUUGUUGAAGUGGCCUAUGGGCAGGUGCCGAAGCAGGAAGAGAUUCAAGUUGAGUAA